AAGAAGAAGCAACAAAUCUCUCGUGCAUUAUUCAAGUUAACUUUUUUUGUAAAUUCGUCACAUUAGUGAAACACGCAAAUUUUUAUUUUCGCCAAAUAAAGGCAAAGGAUUAACAAUCGAAUUAAUUGCUCCCAUUAACAGUCGAUUUGUAAAUAUUCUAUUAACAAAAAAAUGGAGGACGAUUGGGAAAGUGCUGCACACAGACCUGUAGUGAUACCCGAUAAAAUAAAUAAGUGGGCUGGCGAAGAUGAAGAAGAUGACAUUAAGGACAGCUGGGAAGAUGAAGAGGAGAAAAAAGAUGAGGAAAAGGUUGAAGAAAAACCAAAAGCCCCAGUAAAGGUUAAGCACAAUAAAGCAAAAUUGUCUGAACAAGAGAGACUGGCGGAGGAAGAAGAAGCCAAACGUAUUGCUAAUAUGACACCUGAAGAAAAAUUAGCUGAAAAAUUGCGAAUUCAAAAAAUCCAAGAAGAAUCAGAUUUAAGGAGUGCUCUUGAAACAUUUGGUGUGGAUGAGUCAUCAAUUCCCAAAACUGAAGAAGAAUUUAAAAAGUUUGGCGAAGCGAUAAGUUGGAAAUUGUCACAAUGCAAAGAUUCGCCACACUUUCUGCAAUUUGUUCAAGAUUUAGUGAACAGCAUAUGUGUUAAUUUACCUCUUGCACAGUUGAAAAAACUGAAAUCGAACGUAGACAUAUUGCAUACAGAAAAGGUGAAGCUAGAAAAACAAAAUGCCAAGAAACCUGCUUCCAAAGACAAGGGCAAGUUCUCACUGAAAUUGGGUACCGAUGAUAUUGAUACUUUCAAAAAAUACGGCGACGAUUACUACGGCUAUGAUGAUGGCAAUGACUACGAUGAUUUCAUGUAAAUCAUAGCUCGUAUCAUAUUUACUAUAAUAAUUCUGCCUCUACGAUUACUCCGACUCCAUUACCGUGAACUUGUUGAGCUCUGUGAAAAAGGAUAAUUCUCACCUGUGGAAAUGUUAAUUUGUUAUCAGGUGUUCAUUAAUUUUAUAAAAAAGAAAAGAAUGAAUAUUUUAGCACACAGGAAUUUAACUUGACGUUAAAAGCCACUAACAAACA